UCAAUUUUUUGAAAUUAUUUUAUUUUAACUUGAAUUUAAGUCAUUUAAUACUGUUAAUUAACAUUCAUUGACUGAUUAUAAGUAAAAACUGUGUACUUUGCAAGACAUCAAGCCAUAGAAUCAACAAGAUAAGCAAAAAGAACAUCAUAAACAAUACACGUCACAAAAAAUAUACGUGUAUUAAGCUUUUAUCGCAACUAGUGAAAACAUUACUGUAAAAAUGAUUAGAAGAAAAUUAAUUAAUUAAAUCACAAAAGAACCAGUGAAUUUAACUAGUUUAUAUCAAAGAAAAAAAGACAACAAAAGUUAUUACCAUCAAAUCAUUUAAUUAUCGUGGAUUACAAUGGCUUUUCAAACAUUAGUUCAAGGAUUCUAUGAAAUUCCGGUGGUUACGAGAAUUUACACAACAGCCUGUGUAUGCACAACAUUUGCAGUUCAUCUGGAUCUAAUUUCCCCAUUUCAACUGUAUUUUAAUCCAACAUUAAUCUUACAAGGCCAAAUAUGGCGUCUAAUUACUACCUUCCUAUUUUUUGGCACAAUUGGAUUUAGUUUUCUGUUUAAUAUGAUAUUCACAUAUCGGUACUGUAGGAUGUUAGAGGAAGGGUCGUUUCGUGGAAAGACUGCUGACUUUAUCAUGAUGUUCGUUUUUGGCGCUGUAUUUAUGAUUAUCUUUGCCUUUUUCAUUAAUCUUCUGUUCCUCGGUCAAGCAUUCACGAUAAUGCUUGUGUAUAUUUGGUCACGACGAAAUCCAUUCCUUAGAAUGAACUUUUUUGGAUUAUUAAAUUUUCAAGCACCGUACCUUCCUUGGGUUCUAUUAGCCUUCUCUGUGAUCCUUGGUGAUAUAAGCAAUGCCAUAUACAUUGAUCUUGUCGGAAUUGGCGCUGGUCAUGUAUAUUGGUUCCUCGAAGACGUCUUUCCUAAUCAACCAAAUGGCAAGAAGCUCCUUAAGACACCACAAUUUCUUAGAAAUAUUUUCGAUGAGCCACCUGACACUGACGAUUAUGUUGUCUUGCCUGAAGAUCGUGCUGGUGGUGCUGCUUUUGUUUGGGGAAAUGCUAAUGUUGCUAAUAAUAAUAAUGACAACAAUCAGCAAAAUCAAUAAGUUUUUUUACGAUAUAUCUUCAUGAAUAAAUUAUGAAUAAAGUUUUUUAUUAG